AUGACGAAUGAUGGUUCAACCCAGCUGUCGUUUGAGCAGUUUGACAGUAACGCUGAAGGUGAUGGCGACGAUAACGGCGGUGAGGGAGAUGAAAAGGAGUUGAGCCCUAGGCUUGAUGAUGACGAUGACGAUUUAAAGGUGAAUGAAUUGAGAUCUUGUAAUGAUGAUGCAAAGGAAGAUUUGGAAGUUGAAGAGGUUGCGGAUGAUGACGAUGUGGAAAAGGAGUUAGGUAAUGGUGAUGAUGAUAAGGUUGUGAUAAUAGAUCGGAAGGAAACAAAGAGGCAAUUGGAUUUUGAUGAUGUUGAUGCUGGUCAACACGGGUCAAACCCAAUCAUUGGUCAAAGCUUGAGUCAACGGGUCAGGAUUGGUUAA